CAGGGAUGCGCACUCGGUAGAGGCUCUUCUCUGCUCGCAGACUUUCAGUCCAGACGGGAGAACGACAGAGACAGAGUCGCCGACACCGAGGGAGGGAAGAAGCCGCCGCGCCGCGUAGAUCGCAGUCUUCUUUGCCCAAUACACACGCACUCGACAUGAGCGACAACAAGGAAUACAAGCUGGUGGUACUGGGAAGUGGUGGUGUUGGUAAAUCUGCGCUAACUAUCCGCCUCGUGACCGACAACUUCCUGGAGGACUAUGACCCCACAAUCGAGGACAGCUACCGGAAGCAGACAACUAUUGACAACAGUCCAGCACUGCUGGACAUUCUGGAUACGGCCGGUCAAGAAGAGUACACGUCCAUGCAGGACCAGUGGAUGCGUGAAGGCAAAGGCUUCCUGCUUGUGUACAGUGUAACCAGUCGUAGCUCCUUCGAUGACAUCUCCGCCUUCAAGGACAAGAUCUUGCGUGCCAAGGACGUGGAUAAUGUGCCUAUCGUGCUGGUCGGCAACAAGUGCGACCUGGAGACUCAGAGACAGGUGGCUGCUAAUGAGGGCAAAGAACUUGCUCGCCAGUGGGGCUGCUCCUUCAUGGAGACCAGUGCCAAAGAGAGAAUAUUGAAUGAGGAGUGCUUCUAUCAGGUGGUGCGCGAGAUCAGGAAAUCCGAGCGCCCCGUGCGUGUGGAGCGACCGCAACCCCCGCAGAAGCCACAGAAGAAGUCGGGGUUCAAGUGCACGAUCCUAUAGAAGCGCACGAGUCUUUCGAGCUCUCGCCACGUUGCGUCGCGUCGUACGAGGCCCUCAGCUUCUAUCGUCUCGUCACGACGUUUUGCUGCUUACAUAACAACAGUCAGUUUAGCCCACUUCAGAAUCCAAUUAGCCACUCGCCACCCCAUCGCUCUACUCGCUCCCUUGUCUCGUUGUCAGCCUGAUCGCUAUUCCAACGGACACUCGACGGAUCGAUCGCUUGCGCAUUCGCUUUCAUUAGCGCAAGUCUUCUAUUUGAGAAUGUUCGUUCGCCGUAUGGGUGCUUGCUUUGUUAGCGUGGAGUCCUGCGUCCAAUUCUGGCGAGGGUGCGUUACUGCGGUUGGUAUCACGUUCAUCAUCUACUACAUAGCAUAACAACAACAGACAAAAACUUUUUAACUAAAGUUGUAAUAGUCCUAUGUGGCUUCUUCUUGCCAAGACGAAUUUCUGGUGAGCACAAUCCAUGAAAGAACAGUCAACCAAAAAGCAAAACGUUUGAUCUUAACUAUGCA